GUGAACUACAACUCCCAGAAGGCCGCGCGGAAGCGCAGCGUGGGCCAGGGAGGACUUCCGGACGCGAAUAUCCGGGCCGCGCGGGGAAUGGGAGACGUGGGGCAGAGUGACCAUGACGAAAUUAGCGCAGUGGCUUUGGGGACUGGCGAUCCUGGGCUCCACCUGGGCGGCCCUGACUACGGGAGCCUUGGGCCUGGAGCUGCCCUUGUCCUGCCAGGAAGUCCUGUGGCCACUGCCCGCCUACUUGCUGGUGUCCGCCGGCUGCUAUGCCCUGGCCACUGUGGGCUAUCGUGUGGCCACUUUUCAUGACUGCGAGGACGCCGCACGCGAGCUGCAGAGCCAGAUACAGGAGGCCCGAGCCGACUUAGCCCGCAGGGGGCUGCGCUUCUGACAGCCUGACCCCAUUCUUGUCCGGACAGCCCUUCCUCCCAUGCCCCAUUAAAGAGCCAGUAUUUUCUAA